AUGGCUCCAGCAAAAGAAACAGUGCAGCAGCACUCCACAGAGGAUCCAGAAUCCUGCACCCCACCCAAAGAAAACAACAAUGAACAUGACUCUCUAGAAUGCCAACGCCCAAGCUCUACGUUCAAGCAGCUGGGACUCCUCGACAAGCUCCUCGCCCUCUGGAUAUUCCUCGCCAUGGCGAUAGGGAUUAUCCUGGGGAACUUCGUACCUAAUACCGCGAGAGCGUUGGAGCGGGGAAAGUUCGUUGGGGUUUCUAUACCUAUUGCUGUCGGCCUGCUGGUAAUGAUGUAUCCUAUCCUGUGCAAUGUGCGGUAUGAGACGCUCCACCGGUCAUUUCGUCAGAAAGCGCUCUGGAUUCAGGUGGGGUUCAGUGUUGUGGUGAACUGGAUCAUUGCUCCGUUUUUCAUGCUUGCGUUGGCGUGGGCGUUCCUCCCAGACGAAAGAGGUCUCAGGGAGGGUUUGAUUUUGGUUGGCAUUGCACGAUGCAUUGCAAUGGUCCUCGUAUGGACAGGACUCGCCGGCGGUGAUAACGAAUACUGCGCCAUCCUCGUUGCCAUCAACUCGAUCCUGCAAAUGAUCUUAUUCGCCCCCCUUGCGAUUUUCUUCGUGCGCGUCAUCGGCGGCGCAGACAGUGGCUUUGACAUCGACUACUCGCUCGUCGCCAAAAGCGUCGGCGUCUUCCUCGGCAUCCCUUUGGGCGCAGCCAUUGUUACCCGCUUCAUGCUGAUAUUUCUGGUCAACAAGGAGUGGUACGAGAAGAAUUUCGUCAAGUGGAUCAGUCCGUUGUCGUUGAUCGGACUCCUGUUCACGAUCAUAGUGCUUUUUGCUUCUCAGGGAGGGCGAGUUGUGCAUCAGAUUGUGUCGGUGGUACGAGUAGCAGCGCCGCUUGUUGUCUACUUCGCCGUUAUUUUCUUGAUCACGCUGCUGGUGACGCGCCGGUGCGGGUUCGGCUAUAGACUGUCGUGCACGCAGAGUUUCACCGCUGCGAGCAACAACUUUGAGCUGGCGAUUGCGGUGGCCAUCGCAACUUUCGGUGUGGAUAGUGACCAAGCACUAGCCGCGACAGUUGGACCUCUCAUCGAGGUUCCAGUGCUGUUAAGCUUGGUCUAUGUCGUAAAGUGGCUUGGGAGGCGGAGGCAGUGGGAGGCCUAG